AAUCAAAUGGCUACCUUCCUAACCGUGGCGCCUGUGCAAUGGCCAUGCUGCAGAUGAUAAAGGUGCCUGAUGUCCAGCCCUCGAAGCCCACGAGGGAAUGAGAGCCCACGAGGUGUUGAAAGCCCUCAAGUCGAAGGCAGUCCCAGAGGUGGAAGUCCUCGCGGGAAAAGUUGUUGGAAUUGGAGUGACAAUGAGAGCGAAGGUGGAGAUAGCGAGGAAAGUUUGGAUGCUGAGCGACCUGACAAAGCCAAGGAAACUGUCCAAGAGAGGCGUGAGCCACUUCGGUCCAAGAUCAAGAGGUGUUUCCGUGCCUUUUGCCGAAGGAUCACCCGAUGUCCAAAAUGCAGAUGUUGCGUCUACACGAUGCCCUGCUUCUACUGCUGCGCUCCAGAUCAGAUGCUGGAUAGGGAGGUGCUCAUUGAGCAAUUGAAAGCGGCCAGCAGCGGAAAAGCACCCAGCAUGAACUUGGUGGAGGAGACAAUGGCAGCUGACCAGGAGCGAAUGGCCCACCACAAGAAGAAGUGGCGAAGCCGUUGGCGUGUUUGCAGCUGUUGUUGCUGCUGCAGCUUGCUGGGUGGAUUCAUUGCUUUGGUCUUACUCUAUGCCACUUCGCCUUGGCAGCAACUCUGUGACGAUUGUGGCUGGAACAAGCGGGCCUAUUUUGCAGCAGCCUUACAUCCUG